AUUCCGUCACCCGACCCGCCUGCACAGCCAUCAUGUACCAGCUAUCGGAAGAGUCCAAGGAGCGCAUUGCGCGCAUCAUCGAUGUGUCCCGCGUCGCCAUUCAUUACGGCUACCUUCCUCUAAUCCUAUACCUCGGAUACACACGAAGCGAGCCCAAGCCUUCUCUCAUCCGUCUCUUCUCUCCCCUUGCGUAAAUCUCGAACGAUGACAUGCCAACGACCGUUUGCGAUUUUUGUACAAUACUACACCCUCAGGCACAUGGAAUCUCGGGUGUGAUGACGUCGGCCGCUUUGGCUGGCAGGACCAUGUGUAGGUACAUGCGGCCUCUGCUCUUUUCUACUCUACAGUGGCCCGCAUUUGGCGGAUGGUAGUCUACGCGGAGCGGACUUGUAUUAUAUCUCAGCAUCUAAGACAGAAUAAUGGUACCCUGCAGCAUGGCCCGCGUCGUGGGGGUGCCCAGUCCAGACUGC